GUGGUGGGGGGCUGGAACGGGAAGCGAAUUUGUUUGAUGUUUGGGACGUGCGAUAGGUAGAAGCCGAAUCGAGUUUGUAGGUUUCCGGGACCGCAGAUUUAAAGUAAGUUGUUGAAAGUUGCCGACGCCGGCGUUUACGAUCGCGUGGUAACGGAGUAGGAGUGGGUUUUACUGAACGCCGCGUCUGUUCCGGGGAUCGUCCGUGUCGGCAGUGGGAGACACAAAGAGAGCGUAACCGUUUAACAUGUCGACUAAACGGAAGAGGGUGCCGACGAAAAAGGCGGCGGCCAAAAAGAGAAAAGAUGAAACCGACGACUCAGAGCUGAGCGACGCGAGCGAAAGCGACGCCAGGAAUCAGCCCGACGAAGUAUUAAUUGCAGGCCACGGCGACGUCUUGGACGAACUGAGCCAGCUUCCCAAGGAGCUGCUCAACACCCUGGUCAAGCCGGUCGGCCAGUUGGUUUUCUUCGGAGGGGUCAACUGGGACCAGGCUGGCAAGAAGGACUCUAAGGGCGUGAAAAUGAUCCCCAACCUCUGGCUGCCUCACAAGUUCGGGGAUUACAAAGUUCGGUUGGCGGUCAGCGGGUGUACGGCGGCCCACAGCGUCCUAGUCGACGCCGAAGGGAAGGCCUACACGUUCGGUCGGAACGCGCACGGUCAGUUGGGUCUGGACAGUACCGCUACCGUUUCCAAGCCCACCGUGGUCCCCACUUUGGAGAAGAUGAACGUCAUAAGCGCCGCGUGCGGGCGUCACCACACACUCUUCCUGACAGAUACGGGUACAGUGUACGCGUGCGGCGAUAACAGGUCGGGACAGUGCGGCGUGGGCAACCUGCAGCCCCAAAUUUUGGUACCCACCCGUAUCAACUAUAGGGGCCCGCCCAUCGUCAAGGUCGGUUGCGGGGCCGAAUUUUCAGUCGUCCUCGACAUCAAGGGGGGCCUGCAUUCGUUCGGGCUGCCCGAGUACGGUCAGCUCGGCCACAACACCGACGGCAAGUACUUCAAGACGUCCACCAAGCUGUGUUUCAACUACCAGACGAGCCCGAAACGGAUCGUGCUCUACAUCGAGAAGAGCAAGGACGGUCACGUGUCGCCCGUGGACGUCACCGAGAUCGUCGACUUCUCGUGCGGCCAAAAUCACACGGUCGCGAUCGACAGCCGCAAGAGGGCGUUCUCGUGGGGUUUCGGCGGUUUCGGCCGUCUGGGCCACGCCGAGCAGAAGGACGAGAUGGUGCCGCGACUGAUCAAGUAUUUCGACAGCCAGUCCAGGGGCGUGCGCUCGGUGCAUUGCGGAUCGACCUACAGCCUCGCGGUCACCGAGUACAACGGCCUGUUCAUGUUCGGCCAGACGAAGCGCACGGGCGAGGCGAACAUGUACCCAAAACCGAUCCAGGAUCUGGCCGGUUGGAACGUGCAGCACGUCGGAGCUAGUUCAACCUCUAUCGUAGUCGCGGCCGACGACACUUGCAUCGGGUGGGGGGCGUCUCCGACCUACGGGGAAUUGGGGCUCGGCGACAUGCAGAAGAGUACGACGACGCCGAAAGAGAUCACCCGGAUGUCCGGUAUCAAGGUGCUCGGUUUGAGCAUGGGAUAUUGGCAUACGCUGGCGAUCGCGGCCGAAGACACUCCUGAGCAGAAGGCGAAGCUGGAAGCUCUCAAAAAGUUCGAGCCGUAACGCGGGAUCUACUUAACUUAAGUUAAGUAACCUCGAUGGUGUGUACUUUAUAUGUCCUCCAUUACCACAUCUCCCAACCUCAUCCUAGGUUUCAUUUUCCUCUUCUAGCAUAGGUCAGGUUUUAACAUUUUCGCUAUAUAUAUAUAUAUAUACACGUAUAGGGUAUUCCCAGUAUUGUAUCUUUUUUUACAUUGUACGUUUUUAAUUUAUUACGCGACAUCUCAUCCCCACGUAGGGGAAACGUUUUUUGUCUACGAUAUUUUUGACAGCGUCAUUAUUUUUUCUGUAAUAAAAUUGGUUGUAAAGUGGGCCGGGUAGUUUGAUUUGCUGCGCAGAUU